AUGGCGUGGCAACCGCUUCCAGGCGACAACAGCUAUGAUGUGAUUGUCGUCGGCGCUGGCAUCUCAGGCAUCAACUUUGGAUAUCGCCUCCAAGAGAGAUGUCCAAACCUCAAGUAUGCCAUUCUGGAGGGCCGCGCGGAGAUGGGCGGGACCUGGAGCUUGUUCAAAUAUCCAGGCAUUCGCUCUGACUCCGAUCUGUACACUUUUGGCUUCCCUUGGAGGCCGUGGACCGACAAGAACGCCAUCGCGCAAGGCGAUCUCAUUCUCAACUAUGUCAAGGAAUCUGCCGCCGUGUUUGGCAUUGACAAGAAGAUCCAGUACAAUACCAUGGUCACCGCGGCCAACUACAGCUCAUCACAGAACACGUGGACGCUCGAGGCGACGGUCAAUGGCGAGAAGCAGAAGACUUUCAAGGCUCGCUACAUGCUCCUCUGCACCGGCUACUACGACUACUCCACCCCUCUCCAAGCAGACAUCCCAGGCAUCGACAAGUUCAAGGGCCAAGUCGUCCACCCACAGUUCUGGCCAGAAGACCUCGACUACACCGACAAGGAAGUAGUCAUCAUCGGCUCCGGCGCCACCGCCAUCACAGUCGCCCCAGUCAUGGCACAAACCGCCAAACACGUCACCCAACUCCAGCGAUCCCCCUCAUACGUCCUCGCCGUCCCCUCAGAAGACGGCCUGGAAAAGCUCCUGCGAGCAUGGUUCUUCUGGUCCAAAUCCAUCCAAAGCGCCCUGAUCCGCCUCAAAUGGAUCAUAAUGCCCUUGAUCAUGACAAGAUACUCCGCCUGGUACCCCGAAAAAAUGCGAAAACUUCUCCACAAACUCACAGAAAAACAACUCCCCUCCUCCGUCCCGCGCGACCCCCACUUCACCCCAAAAUACCGCCCCUGGGAACAACGCAUGUGCAUGUGUCCCGACGGCGACUACUACAAAUCCAUCCGCGCCGGAAAAUCCUCCAUCGUAACCGCCACCAUCAAAGACAUGACCUCCAACACCAUCCUCCUCAACAACGGCCAAGAACUCUACGCCGACAUCAUAGUCACAGCCACAGGCCUCAAACUCGCCUUCGCAGGGAAAAUGUCCAUCUCCGUCGACGGCACACCCUACACCGUGCCCGACAAAUACGUCUGGAAAGGCGUCAUGCUCGAAGAUCUCCCGAAUUUGGCUUUCGUCGUGGGAUACGUUGAUGCGAGUUGGACCCUUGGGGCGGAUGCUACGGCUCAAACGAUCACGCGACAGAUCAAUCAAAUGAAGAAGGAAGGGGUGGUGGAGGUUACGCCGCAUCGGACGCAGUGGGAUCGUGAGCAUGUGAAGGAAACGAGUCUUUUGCGACUCAAUAGCACUUAUGUUACCAAAGGUGCCAGUGUGCUUCCCAAAACUGGGGAUCGGGGGCAGUGGCUUCCGAGAAGUAAUUAUAUUCGAGAUAUUUUUGUGGCGUGGUAUGGGGAUAUUAAGACUGGGACGACGUGGGUGAGGGGGGUGUGA